AUGAAAACAAGGACUCGCUUUGCCGUGGUUUGUCUAUUUGCCGUGGGCAUCGUGUCGCUCUACUUGUGGCCGUCCAGAACGCUACAUAUGAUGCUGAGCAGUGAUAUCAUGGCGCUGCUGGUGUUUCUGGACCACGGAACGCUAGAUCGCUUGUGCAACUCGUACUUUGAAGCUUUGGCUCAUGAAGCGCCCGUGAAGCCUUCGUCUCUGUCGCUCCAGCCGCUUCUGGCGGUGACGAACCAUAUAGAGCAUCUACGCAUCUUUAACCGGUGCUACUUGGAGAAAGGCUUUGAUCUUUCGCCUGCUGCUGAAUUGGCUGAAAAACAGCUUCUACCGUUCUUCUCGGGCCACCCGCCAGCAGGGCCUAUAUCAGGCCAAUUGCUGUUCUUGCGGGAACACAAGAAUAAAAUGAGAGGAAGAGGCAUUGUGGUGAGUAUCAGCGAUGCAGAGGUUGGCAGGGCGUCCAACUUGCUACGCGUGCUUAAUCAUCUAGGGAACGAGCUUCCCAUUGAGUUUGUUCACUUGAACGAGCUUUCUGAUGUCUCUAUCAAGCUCUUGAGCUAUGCAGCCAUUUCAUCUCGUGCGUUGGGAAACGACCAACAAAUCAGCUUCAAGAACGUGGGCAGGUACCUCGCUCCUGGCUUUGAUAAACACUUUAAGGGAUAUAAUCGGAAAUGGUUUGCGGCGAUAUUUAAUUCGUUCCAGGAGAUGAUUCUCAUGGAUGCUGAUACCGUGCCGUAUGUGGCUCCUAGCCUGCUCUUUGAGCUUGAGGGCUAUAAGGAAACCGGCGCUUAUUUCUUUAGAGACCGUGAGCUUAAUGUGCUUUUGAAGAAAUGGAAAAUGGACUUUUUCAAAGGGCUUCUUCCUAGCAAGAAGACUCCGUUUGGGUUUUCGGUUGAUCCUGCCCAACUCCGGAAUAACUUCUUUCUUUUUAACUCGAAACAUGUGGCUGAAAGUGGUUUGGUGAUCAUGGACAGAGAUACUCAUUUCUCUGGGCUCAUUAUUCCUGUUGUCGUGCAAUACUACCGCAAGACGGGGAAGAUCUUGUAUGGCGAUAAGGAUCUCUUCUGGCUCGGGCAGUUGAUCAGUGGAAACUCGAAAUUCCUGUUCCACUACAACACUGCGGGCGCCAUGGGCGAGAUAGAGUCUACUGGAGAAGUCUGUUCGCCUCAGAUUGCCCAUUACGGCAAUAACCUGCUUCUUUGGUCCAACGGCGGUUUAACUAAAUGCAAGAAAGGUACCUGGAUCAAGGAUUACCUCUGGUACUCCUCCUUCCGCCAGCAAUUCAGUUCCAUUGCAGACCUUCGUGAGAGCUAUAAUGGCCCAGUUUCAGUAUCUGAAAUCAUCAUACCCGCUGUUUUGAGCGACAAGAACGAGCCUGGAACGGGACAACGCCCAAUUUCAAACUUCAACAAGGUAGAAAAUCGAGGAUGUGCUGCCACAUACUACUGUGCCAAUGCCAACGACGGCGGCCGCCUCAUCAUCUUAGACAAAGAGGAGAAAGAACGGAUCAACACCAUUAUUGGUGUGUGGAACGAACGUCCUCUCUACGGUAUUUUAUAG